AUGGACGAAGAGAAAAGCGUCGCCUACGACUCGUCGCAGGUCGCCGCGGAUGGCUCGGUCGAUGAGAUCCCCGCUUAUCUGCGCAAGACGUCUAGCAAGGGCAUCUUUGGCAAGCUGCGUAGCUACGAGGAGGCCCUUGAUCGGAAACUGGGAGUCGAGGCCCAUGGCAUUGCGCGAAAGCUGCCGGAGGACAGAGAUCCGAGCUACGCAAAAUGGUCGAACCAGCUUGUCAUGUUUGCCCUCUGGGCAAGUGGCACAAUGAAUUUGAGCUGCUUCGCGACAGGCUUCUUGGGGUGGGAGCUAGGCCUCGACCUUCGCCAAUCUAUCCUGAUCGUUGUCUUUUCGACCUUGAUCGGUAGUUCUGUCACUGGCUGGUGUGCAACCAUGGGUGCCCCCACAGGGCUUCGCCAGAUCUCCAUCUCACGUUACUCGCUUGGGUGGUGGCCUUCGAAAGCCAUGGCGGCCCUCAAUGUUGUUGAGCAGAUUGGCUGGAGUUCCGUGGGCUCUAUUACGGGUGGUGUUGCCCUCAGUGCGGUCAGCGACGGCAAGGUCGGAAGUGCACUAGGCGUCGUCAUCUGUGCCGUCGUCGGGCUGGUCAUCUCCUUCUUCGGCCUGAAGGUUGUUUUUCACUACGAGAAAUUCGCAUGGCUCGUUUUUAUCGUGAUCUUCGUGGUCAUGUACGGCGAAACAGCUAGGUUUGGUGAUCUCGAGACGCCCACUAAAUUCGAAGGCUCGACCUACUCCGGCAUGCUUCUUACCCUCUUCGGAGUUGUGUACGGAUCUUCCUCCUCGUGGGCUAGUGUUGUCAGUGAUUACUACGUCGAGUAUCCUGUCAAUACCUCGAAGGUCAAAGUGUUCCUUCUGACCACCAUGGGUAUUUGUAUUCCCACAUGCAUCGGCAUGGUUCUUGGCUGCGUUGUCUCUAGCGCUUUGAACAACAACGAAGCCUGGUCCGCGGAGUACGAGGAAGGCAUCGGGUUUCUAGUCCAGACCAUGAUCUACCCCCGUGGCUUCGCAAAGUUCAUCCUGUUUAUUCUCGUUCUAUCUGGAAUCGGCAUGAACUGCAUUGCCAUUUACUCGGCAGGACUAUCCAUACAACAGUUCGCUCGACCACUAGCUGUGGUGCCCCGCUUCAUUUGGACGUUGCUUUGCUUUGUGGCAGUGAUUCUGCUCGGCUUGGCUGGCAGGGAUCAGCUUCUUACCUAUCUUGAGAACUUCCUCUCAUUGCUAGGAUACUUCACCACAUCCUUCUUCGUCAUUAUCUUUAUUGAGCAUUACUGGUUCCGGAAAGGCAGUUAUGCAAACUAUAAUCUAGAGUGCUGGAACAACCCGAAGGAACUUCCUGUAGGAUAUGCUGGGGGCUUCGCUUUCGCCUCCGGAAUUAUUGGAGCAAUUCUUGGCAUGUCCACAACUUGGUAUGUCGGCGUCAUUGCGAUCAAGAUUGGUGAAUCUGGUGGUGAUGUUGGAAAUCAGCUAGCUUUCCUCUUCGCCAUCAUUACAUACAUCCCCGCCCGUUAUUUGGAACUUAAGUUUGUAGGAAGGUAG